AUGGGGGUUGCACGUAGGGUCGAACCCCCCACGACGCGUUUGGGGGUGGGGGAUGUUGUGGGCGAGGGGGUGGGGGAUGAUGAGGGCAUGGGGGUGGGGGAUGAUGAGGGCAUGAGGGUGGGGGAUGAUGAGGGCAUGGGGGUGGGGGAUGAUAAGGGCAGGGGAGUGGGGGAUGAUGAGGGCGGGGGGUGGGGGAUGAUGAGGGCGGGGGGUGGACCUCAUGACCUCGUGCGCCUGGGCAUCUGCAGAGCGCUGGUGGUGCACUCCUACGCGCUCGAUGAGAUCUCCUCCAUGGGUCAGUCAGUCCACCCCAUGGGUCAGUCAGUCCACCCCAUGGGUCAGUCCGCCUCACUGGAACCGCCACCCCCUCUCCCUCCCCUGUUCCACUCCCCCGCCUGUCCCUCUCCCCUUUUGUCCCUCUCCCCUUUUGUCCCUUUCCCCUUUUGUCCCUCUCCCCCUUUUGUCCCUCUCCCCCUUUGUCCCUCUCCCUCGCCUGUCCCUCUCUGCCCCUCGUCCCUCUUUCCCCUUUGUCCCUCUUCUCAUCUUGUCCCUUUCCCCCCCCUAUCCCUAUUCCCCCUCCUAUCGCUCUCCCUCCUCGUCUCUCGCUUUCCCCUAUUCCUUUUUUCCCCUUGUCCCUCACCCCCCUCUCCCCUCUUGUCCCUCUCCUCCACUGUCCCUCUCCCCCCUUGUUCCACGUCUCACUAUGUCCCUCUCUCCGUGCCUCUCUCACAAGCCCUACAGACACGCUCCUCCCAUUCGAACCCAGGGUGUGCGGGAACAGGGCUGGCAGCGUGUGGGGUGGCUAGGGAUGUGGGCGAGGGCAUAGCCAUGGCCUAG